CUUGCACUUCAGUGUGCUCCAACUUCUCAGAGGACGAACAUCUACGAUUCCCAUUUUUGCUUGCUGAAUCCCCCAACAACGUAGCAACUUGUCGUAUUAGGAGUAUUGUUGUUGUGAGUUAGGAAGGAGUAAAAGUGAGCAGUGCUCGUAUAUCUGCAGCGUCGUUAAUAUGUGCGUCGAUGUACCAUGUGCAAUUACAACUUGAAGACUUGGUCGUCGUUCUGCUGUUGUACUUGGGAAAGAGAGAGUUGCAACACCACCACCACCAACAACGCUGAUAUCAUUAAGAAAAACAACGUUGCAUUGUUACCACAUUCAAGGCAAGGCAUUAUUCACAGUCCGAAUUAUUGAUAUCGAAAUUUUAGCAAAGUGGGGUAGGAAUUAGGAAGAAAAAAAUGGGACGGUGAAACUGAGAUUCUUUUUGAGACGACGGAUAAAAAUGACAGCGUGAUUUAUACAGUGACUCGAGUACUUAGUAAUUUUUAAAGAAUUUGUGUGUGCAACAAGUGAUUCUUGUAGUAGGGUGACUACUUUUUACAUAAAAUGAAGUCUCGGUGCCGUUGGAAAUCUGGACGGAGAGGCGAAAUGAUCACAAUGAGACGGGAUCUACUCGGGAUCGGAGUCGUGUUCUUAACCUGUCUCAUCUGCCCCUCUUUGGGACAAGGAAACCGUGGACUUUUUACAUCUCCCGGACAAUCGUCCAUCCUCCCCGGAGGGUUUCAAGCGUUUGGUCAGAACCCCAAUUUUUUCACGCCGCCUCGAGGCGUCUCCACAGCAAGAUCCGGUGGGGGUGCGACUUCCGUACAAAAUACGCACUUUGGAUUCUUCCCCUCCUCCGGGCCAUCCAGCCUGAAGCAACCCCCACCCCCCUCAUUCGUUGAGCUGGGCUCAAUCAAUGGCAACAAUCAGCAGAACCAGGCCCAGCACAAGGACAACAUUCAGUACGAGUAUUACGACGAGCCUGAGGACGAGGUGAUCUACCAGUAUCCCACCGAUCUGGGUUUGAACAAUGGCAAGAAUAACAACAAACCUUCGUCCACCGUGGUGGGAAAGGGUAUCGCUGUCCUUGAACCGAAUCAUCAUCAGCAACAGCAUCACCACACCCGAUUUCCACAGCAAACAUUCACCACGGCACAACUCGGACCAAGCCGACCUUCCACUAACAGAGGGAGAGGAUCUCCCCCAACGGCCCCAUCCAACCAGCAGUUCAUCCCCCUCGAGGAACCAGAACAGCCACUGCUUUCCCUCAACGGGAGAAGUGUUCCAGCACCGAGUCGGACCACGGGUGGGAACAACAUUCGUCCACCCCCCUCACUCUUGAGGCAAUCUGCACAACCCAACACGCCGGGAAGUACCACGACCACCACGACGGCCGGAACUUCAACGACGGAACGGAGCAGAGGAAGGCUCGUGACCGCGACGACACGAAGACCUGUGCCAAAUCCGGGGAGAAGCAGAUUCAAUCCGGGUACGACCAGUACCACGAAGACGACAACGACAACAGUUCGGAGUAAGGAGCUUCCGGGGAGAUUUGUUCUAACGCCGUCGUCCUCAUCCCGACCGGAAGUGGGGAGAGGAGGUCAUCACAAGCAGGGCCACAAAAAUAAGGAGAGCAGCAGUAGCAGCAAGUAUGAGGGGGACGACUAUACAGUGGAGUAUAUCGAGUACCCCGAGUCUGGUUCGCCGGAGGAUGCAAGUUCUGCAGGAGGGGGCAAAGGUGGCUUUGACUAUUAUGAAGUCAGUGAAGAGACAGCCAAGGCAAUUUUGAAGGAGAGGAACAGCAAAACGUCUCCAAAGCCCAAGUCAGACCAUAAAUUGACAAGUUCGACUGUCGUGUCGAAAAGCAGUUCUAGCAGUGUGGCCACCAGUACGACGAGUGUCAUCUCCUCCACUACACCCGCACCACCUCCACCAGCGGAGAAAAAGGCAAAGGUCGUGGUUUCUGUUUCCAGCUCAAAAACGGUUUCUGGAUCAGUUUCAAAGUCGGCGAAGGUCACUCCAGCGCCACUUUCGACAACUUCAACGACCACGACAAACCCACCAUCGUUUGCAACUUCUUCUACCACAACGACGCCUCGACCCACAACUGAGCCAGGACACAAGGACUCUAUUCCAGCCGGAGCUGAGACGUCGCCCGAAUACUACGAAGAAGAGUAUUCGUAUCACGAGCAAAAGCAGCCACAACCCCCCAAAUCCACCAAAUCGUCCCCAGUAAGAGAGACGGAAGAGGAGGAUGACGUGACGGAGGAACGACACGAAGAGCACGAGCACGAGCCUGAAGCCCUGCGACACCCCACGCCACGAAAACUUCCAUCCAAGAAGGGUGAAAUCAUUCCACACUCACCUUUCCAGACCCUCGUCGACAUUGGAGAUCUCAACUCUGACGGGAGAGUAAUCUCCCUCCGCGGAGACAGCAAUGAUCACGGCCACGACAAUGGGCAUGAGGAGGAGGAGGAACAAAAAGUGGUGGUGCAGAGUCCUCAACCUCCGUCUACUACGGAAAAGCCAACAUUCUCUCUGACCACGGAAGCACCCAAGAUCUACGGAGGAAUUAAAUUUGUUGCUGAUAUUUCGCCAGAUUUGCUCCCACCAGGAUUCACAUUUCCUCCAAGCACCACGGUCAAGAGUACCACACCUGCCCUCACCACUUCUACUUCCACUACGACUACUACUACGACCACCACCCCGACUCCCAAACCUGUCACAGACGGUCCCAUCAGUUUCGAGUCCGUACCGAGUUUCCUUCUUCCAAAGGGAUACAAGCCACUAGCCUCUCAAGUGACAUCGUCUCCCAGUAGUACCACGACCACUACCUCGACGACCACGACCACGACGACCAGUACUACUCCUCAACCUGAGAUAAUCCCAGAAUACUCAAUUCCCCUCAACCUUCUCCCCAAGGGAUACAAACUUCCCUCCACUACUGAACCAUCUCCACCUCCAAGCAGCACAACUGGCUUGCCCGACCCUUUGGCGGCUAUCUUGAGCAAGGUGAAAUUCCAAGAGAUCGACAUCUCGUCCCUAAUUCCGAAAGAUUAUAAUCUAUCCCCAUCAACAAAACCGACCGACUCCGCCGUCAUUCCAGCCAACCUUCUCCCACCUGGGUUCAAAUUGACCCCAACAAUAACCCACCAAGAAGAAAUUCCACCCCCAGAAAUCCCAGCCAAUCUUCUUCCCCCAGGGUACAAGAAACCCGCAUCUUUCUCCCCACCCACCAAGAAACCGGGCGGCCCCGUCUUCCCCACUCGUCCCGGAGUUGUUGGCCCCGUAUUCCCCACGAAACCAGGUGGCUUCCGAAAUACACGACCAACCACAACCGAAGGUCCUAAAGCGGACACCCCGCCACCACCCAGAGUCACAAUAGCAGCGGGUGGUUGGCCAACUCGAAAAACGACCGAGUUCACUGGAUGGCCAACGCCAUCAACGACUCGACCCCCGCCAACAAGCCCGACCCCGUCAACCACCACGGUCGAGCCAGUCACAACGCCAUCAACGACCACAAAACCAACCACGACCACGACACCGCCUCCACCAAAGAGGUCACCAUUGGGAAUCUGUCCACAAGAGGUGUGCCGAAUGGAGGCCACCAUCCGAAUAACGGGCGGAGUCAAGUGGAAACCAGAGUUCGCAGAUAUCAACACGGAAGAGUAUAAGCAUUUAGAAGUUACCGUGAAGCGAGAAUUGGAUGGAGCUUAUCGGGCAUCAGGACUCGCCCCUUGGUACAAACGAGUCACUAUUGAAGGAUUUAACCAAGGGAGCGUGCUAGUCGACUACUUUGUGGAGCUGGAAGGUGUCGACAGAGAACUCACGACGACCGACGUGGUAAAAGUGUUCCAUAAAAGUUUACUCGACUCCGAUCCUGUCGACGAGUUGCCAGAAGACGCUCCCGUUUCACUGCGGUUCGGGAGGUAUAACAUCGACCCGAGAUACACCGACUUUAAAGUCGUCACACUCAAGACGGGCAAGGGUUCCGUCAAUCCAGAACAACUCAUCCCGCAGUGGGGAAUUGCCGUCAUCGUGAUUGGGAUGGUGUCACUCUUGUUUCUCCUCAUUUUGGGUGUUAUCGUGUUGGUCUCCCGUUACAAGAACUCCAAGAAGAAGAACACCGUCUCCCUCACGCAAGAAAUGCUUAACGAGUUUAACAAGAGUCACAUGGCCGUGGGUGGUGCUGGCGGCGGGGUCGAUAACUUCGGGGCGGAUGAUCUAUAUAACAUGGACGAUGUUUGGAAUGAUAACACCAAACAAAUGGAUCGCACAUUCGAUCGACGACCCACGAAGCGAUCUCACGGUGGGUCCACAAAAGGAUCAGGCGGAGCCAACUAUAACAUUUACGACAGUUGGAAAACCGAGUGGAACGGUUACUUCCACAGUGGAAAUUAUUACGGCGACUCGGGAUACGCGCCGUCACGUCGGAGAUCAGAUUACGACACGAAUUUCUAAUUUAAGACUGUGUAACACUGUUAUUACUACCUCUUAAGGCUUACAAGUACUUAAAAAAUCUAAAUAUUGGUCAUAUCAUUAGAUAAUGAUGACAAGUCCUUAUCAAUUCAGCUUGAUAUUCAGCUUAUCACCGCUAAAUAUAUUAUAAUUUCUAUUGUAACAAAGAGUCAAACGCCGCGGCAUGCAACCCUUUCUCUAGUCAUUUUCACGCCACGCCGUGCGAGGAAUACACAAUUUGUACUGUUACACCAAGAUUAUUAUUAUUAUUAUUUGCUGCCGCUGCUGCACGGUUUAUAUACGAAAUAAGUUGUUACUUAAUAAGUCACCGCUUUCUCUACCACUUGUUAGAAAUAGCAGAUGAACUGAUACAUGUGAAUGUCUUUUAGUUAUUUUUUUAAGUUGUGAAUAGAUAUUUUUUCCAGGAAAUGAACCCAUGCAUAAUUAAUUUUAAAAAACGAAAAAGAAAAAUGAAGGUUAUUUUGUACAAUUGACGUAUCAUUACUAAUUUUAUUAAUUGACUUCAAAAUUGCGCAUGAUCAGCUUAAAAUUUCGAUUUUAUGUACAAUUGACGUAUCAUUACUAAUUUUAUUAAUUGACUUCAAAAUUGCGCAUGAUCAGCUUAAAAUUUCGAUUUUAUACUUUUACCAUCCGUUACACGACUUGCCCAUUUUAUGUAAAUUUAAAAACAAAACUAGUCGUUUUUCUUACGUUUGUAUCCGAAAGUGGAGUGGUAAUUAAUGUCAGAAUCAUUGGGACAGUAUAUCGUUCGUCGUAGUAUUGGAUUUGAAGUGAAAAAUAUUAAAUGUACAUUUUUUUGCCAUUUGUAAGCAUAAUCUUUGAGAUGAUGUGUAUCGAUCGAUAUUUACAAAUUAAAUGUAUAACAAUUAUUAAUAUCUAGAUGAAAAUUAUUGAUAUCAAAAAUUCAUUGAGAUAACGACGUUAAUGGUGAUCCGUCUAUUUUUACAAUUUGGACGUUUACAAAAGCUCUGGAAUCGUGGAGUCAUGGAAGAAACAGUCUAUUUAAAUUUUCUCUCUUUUUCCUAUACAUGCAGAAUAUGUAUAUAAAUCAAAAGUUGUUGUAAAAUUGGUGUAUUUUACGUCACACCGCGGUCAGUGGUGGUUAAAUGUGAAAUGUAAAUUUAUCUGUAAUCCGUGAUUGCGUGGAAAGUGGAAAUGUAAAUUAACAAUAUCCAAUAUUAUCAGAUCAAACGGUAUUGUUAUUAUUAUUUAAAUGUGACUUGAAACGCUCAAUGAAUCAUGGUUCAAUAAAUUAAUGGAUGAAAAUG